CUUUAUUUUCUUUAGUUCCAAUCGUCCUAGUUAAUUCGUCAAUCAAAAUGAAAGAUUCGACGUCCACUUAGAAAAACAUCAACAAACCCUUGUUAAAACGGCUAAUUCUUAUUAUGGAAGACAAUGCAGGCGGUUUCGAGAAAGACGAUGAGGGGUUUGCUGACUGUGACAGUCCUGAUGAUGAAACUAUGGAAACCAAUCUGGCAGCAGAAGGGGAAGAUGAAUUACUGAACGGCCCUCGUGCCACAGUGUACUAUCAGGUGCCUGUGUCUCCCACAGAGAAGGAGGAGCAAGGUGUGGACUUCUCCAGAGAGGAGAUCGAGGAAAUGAAGAAGAGUGAACCAUAUCAGAAGAAAAUAUCCACCUGCCAUUUAUGUAAGCAGUGCUGGUAUGAUGCCAAGUGUUCCAAGCACUGCCCAGAGUGCGGGGGUUACGCCAUGGACCGACCGUGUGUCGUAUGUGGGGGGCAGUGCCAUCAGACGUGGCGGAGAAACAUCGCUAAGACACAUUCCUUUCACAAGGCACACUGGGACGGGAAAUGUGACCUGCCACUGGACGUUCAACAGGCUCUCAUGCAGGCUUCGGACUCAGACAUCUCGGAACAAUCAAUAUCUCACGGUCUACAGUGUCUAUCAACUACCUAGCGUUGGGCAAACAGGCCAUAUUAUAUAAUUCUAAUGAAGAUUAUUAUUGUGCUAUCACAUUUAGAAUUUAUUUUUUCAUUAUUGAUUACCUGAUUAUAUCCAUUUGCAUAAUCAAUUUAUCUGUAAAUGAGAUGUUGUUAUUCUGCUUUUGCAUAAUAAGUUCUUCAAUCUUAUUGUUGUGUUAUGUCAUUUAACUUUAUUUUGAAACUGUUUUUCGAAGAUUAUCUCCACAAUUAACAAAACUGCCCAAGCUAUAUGUCUGACCCAUUUGUCAUACAUUAAACGGACGUAUUUUGUGACAUGUUGGCAUUAUUAUUGUUAGGUUUGUCUCACAGGUUUAAUAGAGUCUGCUAUCUGUAAGCCAAAUGUAUCUCUGUGUUCCACACAUUUCACUUCUUGACUCAGUAACAAGCGUCACACUUAUGUAUACCAUGCCUUAUGAUAUUUGGUAUAACAAACCUUAAAUUUGCUAUUUUAAUAAACCCUUACUUUGCUUUCCCACUUUAUAAUGCCAUUUACAGACAUUAGCAUUGUUUUAAUAUACCAUGACGUUCUGACAUAAUAUCUCAUUUGCAUGAUACUGGAGUCAUUUAAAUGCUAGUUUUCUGAAAAAAUUGCUCUAAGGCUAUAUUCCGUACAGAAUUAUGAAAACGUAUUUCUGAGUUUUUGCAACUGACUAACAUUCCACUACUUCUUUCCAGUCAAUAUUUCAUUGGUGACAAUACUUGAGAACAAAUGUGACAACUACUUAAGGGAUAAAAACAUUGUGUCAAUUUAUAUUUUCUUAUUGAAAAACAGAAAAAAAAGAUUUUCUUGUCUCCUUAUUUAAAAAAAAGGCAGUCCUUAUAUAACUAAAUAAUAAAUGAAUAGAAUACAUGUACACAUGUUUGCCUAUGAUGGAUAUAUUCAGAACUACUUAUAUUAAUAUUUGGUUAUGAUACAAAAUGAAGCGUUUGGCUGAAAUUUGUCUUUUUUUUUCAGUUUUUGAAACCUUCCAUUUGCGAAUACAUAUAGUUUUUUUGAAGGCAUCCUUACUGUACUUGGGAAAAUGUUGUUUGAUUGUGUUUUUUAUAUUUUAAAACAUAAUUUAUAUUGUUCACUAGUGGAGCAGUUGUGUGCAGUAACGAGCACUGCUUGAUUACAUUGGUUCUGUCUUGAAUGAAAUAGUUUGGCUUAAUCUCUUUCAAAUGUGUAACCAGGCUAGCGCGCUAAAGUUUCUGUUAUGUUACCUUUGGAGCAAUUAAUUGACAUUCUGUUGUUGAUAGUGUACAAAACCAAGUCAUACAAAGUAAUCAUGAAAUAUUAAUUACAUUGUACUUUGUAAUUGGUUACAAGUGUAUCGGUUCAUUGAUUGUUGGAUACUUAAGUGUGUUAUUGCUUUUGUUUUUCAUAUGUGUUUAUAUCAGAACAAAGAAAGUGUAAUACGUUGUUUACAGUAACUCUUUUUUGACAUAGACAUCUUGCCAUUACUGGUAAGGCUAUAAAUUCAAAAUGACCUUGCAACAAUAAGAUUGUAAGGGUCUUAUAAUAAAAAUAUAAUGUGUAGAAUUGAGUUAUUGCAUUAUUAGCCUAGGUUGUAACCAAGGUGUUGUUUGUGUAAUGCCUUCAAAUUUGUGGAUGUAAUUAACCCAUUUAUGCCUAGCGUCUAGAAAAAAGGCAUUAGCAUGAUGCGGCGUCUCAUCAGGGUCUGCACUGUUUUCUUAAAGGAAAUUCUGUAAGAAAUAUUCUAAAUAUAGAAAUAAAUAUACUUGACAUUCCUAAUUUUAGAAAUAAAUUGAUCCAAUUUAGAAGGAUUGGAGAGUCCAUUAGGAAUAAAUGGGUUAAAACUAAGAGGCAUGUCAUGCGAACGUGGGGCUUCAGCCAUAUGCACUCAGCAUGGCUCCAGACCAGCCUGUGAAAUCAAGCAGUCUGUCCAGGAUCUACACUGUCUACAAUUAAGUCAAGCAAGUUUUGUGGUCUCAUUUAAGGAUUGUGUAGCCCCUGAUGGGACUGAUCGGAGGCACAGGCUGUGUUGGAGCUGCCCUGCGUGCAUAUGGCAUGAUAAACGUUUUUACUAGUCUUAAAGUAAUGAUUUGUAAGAAUCAAAUGAGUCGUGUUCUGAGAAAACUGGGCAUAAUGCAUGUGCGUUAAGUGUCAUCCCAGAUUAGCCUGUUCAGUCCGCACAGGCUAAUCUGGGACGACACUUUCCGCUUUCAUAGUAUUUUUCGUUUAGAGGAAAUCCCUUCUUACCGAAAAUUUUGUUUAGGCAGAAAGUUUCCUUCCUGAUUAGCCUGUGCGGACUGCACCGGCUAAUCAGCCUGUGCAGACUGCAUAGGCUAAUCUGGGACGACACUUUCCGCACAUGCAUUAAGCCCAGUUUUCUCAGAACAAGGCUCAAAUGCUCUCUUUCAACAGAAUAUGCCUCCUUAGUGGCCACUUCAUUAAAACCAUUUUAACAUUGAAAGCAUUUAUCCAAACGGUUAUCUAGGAAGUGUCAAGUACCAAUGCAGGUCAUUUGGUGAAAAAUGUUGAACUUAUGUAAUGCCACCGGUGAAAAUUGAAAUGACUUAGUUUAAUGUGAGUAGUCUUAAUUCUCCAAUGAUUAUGAAGUUUUAUUUGCAUGUGCUGUAAGUCAGAUAAUUAUGUGUCUGUUUGGAGUUUUGAUAUUAAGCAUAUUUUUGCUGCCUGAUACAUGUAUCUUGUUUGCAAUGUGUUUGGGAAAUGUUCUUGUAAGAGACAUGCUCUUGAUUAAUUUGGAACGGGGACCCUUUUCAAUAUGCUUCAGUGUGUUGAUAUUUAACCCAUAUAUGCCUAGCGUCUAGAAAAAAGGCCUUGGCAAACAGCGUAGACCCAGAUGAGACGCCGCAUGAUGCGGCAUCUCAUCAGGGUCUGCACUGUUUGCUUAAAAGACUUUCUGUAAGAAAUAUUCUAAAGAUAGAAAUAAAUAUAGUAGACAUCCCUAAUUUUGGAAAUAAAUUGAUCUAAUUCAGAAGGAUGGGAGAGUCCACUAGGCAUAAAUGGGUUAAUUUAAGCCUCUUUGUAUUGACCUGAACAGAACAGAACAUGUGUUUUAUUAUGACUUGCACAAUGUACAUCGUCAGUAUAACAAAACAAACAAAGCACGAUUAAGAAGAUUCAUGUUACGUUAAGCAUAUAAUUUCAGUACCUAUGGUAUACAAUUCUGUAUGUACAGUAUACCUGGUCUUUACUAUAAAACAUGUUACAUUUGAUUAUUACAUACAUACAACUUGUGUUAAUUUAAAAUGUUCAGAUUAUGUGUCUUUGUUUUACAUGGUGCAUAUACAAGUUGUGAAUAACUAAAGAAUAAAAUGGUUUUAUGUGAACAACUGUUAAGUUAUACACAUUUGAGUGUCAUUUAUUAAUGGAUACUUGUUCCAAAGUUACUGACCUCUUGCUUCCAAGUGCAUAUAUUUGCUUCAGUGCAUAAGAAAUGCAAAUGUACAAAGUAAAGUGCCUGACCAAACUACAGAUCUGAAGAUGGCAGGUUCAAUCCCCGGCCGCGCCAUAUCCAGGGAGCAGAAUCAACAGGUUUUCAGGGGCUUACACACAGGCUGGACAGAAUGUAACACACCGUGCAAAUAUCUCAAGUUAUUGAAAUGCAUUUGCAAACAUGUUUAGUGCAUAAAAUACAGUUUUAAGGUAAAAGAAUAAUCCUUGAAUUUGUCUGAAAUUUGUGACAAAAUUUCACGUUGUUUAAAGAAUAAUCGUAUACAUGAAUACAGUAAAAAAAUAUAACUUUUGAACAAUAACGCAUGCGUAUUAGAUUAAGUACUUGUGAUGUAUUUUACAGUGCCAUUGUCUUCCUCUGAUUCAAGUAGGCAGUGGUCAGUUGCUGGCAUCAGUAUGUUAACUAAGCACUGGUGUAGGCAGUGGUCAGUUUCUGGCAUCAGUAUGUUAACUAAGCACUGGUGUAGGCAGUGGUCAGUUACUGGCAUCAGUAUGUUAACUAAGCACUGGUGUAGGCAGUGGUCAGUUACUGGCAUCAGUAGACAGUGGUCAGUUACUGGCAUCAGUAUGUUAACUAAGCACUGCAGUGGUCAGUUUCUGGCAUCAGUAUGUUAACUAAGCACUGGUCAGUUACUGGCAUUAGUAUGUUAACUAAGCACUGGUCAGUUUCUGGCAUCAGUAUGUUAACUAAGCACUGGUCAGUUACUGGCAUCAGUAUGCUAACUAAGCACUGGUCAGUUUCUGGCAUCAGUAUGUUAACUAAGCACUGGCCAUUUACUGUCAUCAGUAUGUUAACUAAGCACUGUUCAGUUACUGGCAUCAGUAUGUUAACUAAGCACUGGUCAGUUACUGGCAUCAGUAUGUUAACUAAGCACUGGUCAGUUACUGGCAUCAGUAUGUUAACUAAGCGCUGGUCAGUUUCUGGCAUCAGUAUGUUAACUAAGCACUGGUCAGUUUCUGGCAUCAGUAUGUUAACUAAGCACUGGUCAGUUACUGGCAUCAGUAUGUUAACUAAGCACUGGUCAGUUUCUGGCAUCAGUAUGUUAACUAAGCUCUGGUCUCUUGAUUCAAGUAGGCAGUGGUCAGUUACUGGCAUCAGUAUGUUAACUAAGCACUGGUCUCUGAUUCAAGUAGGCAGUGGUCAGUUACUGGCAUCAGUAUGUUAACUAAGCACUGGUUCUGAUUCAAGUAGGCAGUGGUCAGUUACUGGCAUCAGUAUGCUAAUUAAGCACUGGUUCUGAUUCAAGAAGGCAGUGGUCAGUUACUGGCAUCAGUAUGUUAACUAAGCACUGGUUCUGAUUCAAGUAGGCAGUGGUCAGUUACUGGCAUCAGUAUGUUAACUAAGCAAUGGUUCUGAUUCAAGUAGGCAGUGGUCAGUUACUGGCAUCAGCAUGUUAACUAAGCACUGGUUCUGAUUCAAGUAGGCAGUGGUCAGUUACUGGCAUCAGUAUGUUAACGAAGCACUGGUUCUGAUUCAAGUAGGCAGUGGUCAGUUACUGGCAUCAGUAUGUUAACUAAGCACUGGUUACAGUGCCAUUGUCUUCCUCUGAUUCAAGUAGGCAGUGGUCAGUUACUGGCAUCAGUAUGUUAACUAAUCACUGGUUAACCAGCUAACACAGGUAAAGUGUUCGUUGAUUAACUGAGUGAUAUGAAUGAAAUGCCGUUGAAAAAUGUCCACAAAUAAAAAAUAACAAGUUUCUGUUUUGAAUCAAUACCUUUCUAUAUUUAUCAAUACUGAUUUUUUGUUUCAAAUCUAUUCAUUUUCUUUAAGUUUUGCUUAAGAAUGUCUUAAAUGUAAAUUCAUUUACUGGCAAUUUAUUAAUGAAAAUAUUAGCAGAGGUAAUUGUUUUAAACAUUUGUUAAAUCAAUUUUAAUGUACUGCAUGCACAACGGAAGUUUAUUUGAAAUUCAAAUUAUUAAGUGCAAGUCAUCAAAUGCUUUUACAAGAAUUUAUAAACAAAGAUUUAACUUUAAUUUUUUUACAACAUUUUUCAAAUGAUUUUUCACCUAUGUUUUUCAAAUGAUUUUUCACCUAUGUUAGAUUAAUGCCAGAUUACAAAGUAUUGAAUUAAUUUUAAUGAAGGCCCUGUAUAGUAAACUUUGCGGGUUCCUUACUCGUCAUGUCUGUUUUUCACAAGUUUAAUGUUUUUGUUUGUUAACUAUGCUUUAAACUUUAAACAUUAAUUUUGGUGGUAUUGUUGUUUAUUUCACUGAGAAGUGCAGUUCACAAGAACGUUACUAUGCACUUUAUUAUUUUGAGUUAUUGUCCUUGUUAGUUUUUCAUUUUUAGCUCACCUGAUUGCUCAGGUGAGCUUUUGUGACCGGUCUUUGUCUGUCGUAUGUCCGUCUGUCGGUCUGUAACAUUUGCUCUUAAACACUCUAGAGGCCACAUUUCUUGUCCCAUCUUCAUGAAAACUUGGUCAGAAACUUUGUCCCAAUGAAAUCUCGGCGGAGUUCGAAACUGGGUUGUGCCGGGUCAAAAACUAGGUUAAAAAAAAGAAAAACCUUGUAAACACUGCAGAAGUCACAUUUCAUGCCCAAUCUUCAUGUUACUUUGUCAAAAUGUAUGUCCUAAUGAUAUCUUGGUUGACUUCAAAAGUGGUUCCAACCCGUUGAAAAACAUGGCCGCCAGUGGGCGGGGCAGUUUACCUUAUUUGGCUAUAGAGAAACCUUGUUAACACUCUAGAAGUCACAAAUUUUGCCCAAUCAACAUAAAAGUUGGUCAAAACAUUUGUUCGAUUGAUGUCUCGGACAAGUUCGAAAAUGGUUGAGAUCGGUGAAAAUACAUGGCCGCCAGUGGGUGGGGCAUUUUUCUCUAUUUGUAUAUAGUGGCAGUUUUUCCUAUUUGGCUAUGGAGAAACCUUGUAAACACUCAAGAAGUCACAAUUUUUGGCCAAUCAUCAUGAAAGUUGGUCAAAACAUGGGUUUUAUUGAUAUCUCGGAUGAGUUUGAAAAUGGUCGGGAUCGGUGAAAAAACAUGGCCGUCAGUGGGCGGGGCAUUUUUCUCGAUAUGUAUAUAGUGAAAACAUGUGAACACAGUAGAAGUCACAUUUUUGGCCCAAUUUUCAUGAAAUUUGCUCAGAACAUUUGUUUCCUUGAUACGAGAGUUGAGUUCAAAAAUGGUUCCGGUCAGUUGAAUAACAUUGCUGCUGGGAGGGGGGCAGUUUUCUCAUUAUGCCCCCCCCCCCCUUCCAAGAAGAGGGGGUAUACUGUUUUGCUCAUGUCAGUCCGUCCAUCCACCCGAUGGUUUCCGGAUGAUAGCUCAAGAGCGCUUAUGCCAAGGAUCAUGAAACUACAUAGGUACAUUGAUCAUGACUUGCAGAUGACCCCUAUUGAUUUUCAGGUCACUAGGUCAAAGGUCAGGGUCACCGUGACCCAAAGCAGUAAAAUGGUUUCCGGAUGAUAACUCAAGAAUUCUUAUGCCUAGGAUCAUGAAACUUCAUAGAUACAUUGAUCGUGACUCGCAGAUAUCCCCUAUUGAUUUUCAGGUCACUAGGUCAAAGGUCAAGGUCAUGAUGACCCGAAAUAAUAAAAUGGUUUCCGGAUGAUAACUCAAGAACGCUUAGGCCAAGGAUCAUAAAACUUCAUAGAUACAUUGAUCAUGACUUGCAGAUGACCCCUAUUGAUUUUCAGGUCACUAGGUCAAAGGUCAAGGUCACGGUAACCUGAAAUAGUAAAAUGGUUCCUGGAUGAUAACUCAAGAACGCUUAUGCCUAGGUUCAUGAAACUUCAUAGGUAUAUUGAUCAUGACUCGCAGAUGACCCCUAUUGAUUAUCAGGUCACUAGGUCAAAGGUCAAGGUCACAGUGCAAAAAAACGUAUUCACACAAUGGCUGUCAAGGUCACGGUGACUCAACUUAGAAAAAUGGUUUCCGGAUGAUAACUCAAGAAUGCUUAUGCUUAGGAUUAUGAAACUUCAUAGGUACAUAGAUCAUGACUUGCAGAUGAAAUAAUAAUGAAACUUGACCAGGAUGUUUGUCUGGACAAUAUCUAGGUCAAGUUUGACAUUUGGUAAAGAUUGAAUGAACCGACUCCUCUGGUGAGCGAACUAGGGCCAUCUUGGCCCUCUUGUUUGGUGUUGUCAACUAUUGGUUUCCUUUCUCUUACAACAGAAAAAAAUUAUGUAUUUUCUGGAAACUUAAUAUAAAGAUACAUUUUGUCAAAACCUUGCUAACGGUCACAUAGGGGGGUGAAAAGGUCAAUGUACAGUUAUUUCAGCCAUUGUGAUGAAACUUCAUGCAUUGACAUCUGAAAUCAAGACUUUGCUUGGGAGCGUAUAAGAGUGGGUAUAUUAUUUGUUUUUUUUUAGUUUGAAAACCAAACGGUGUUUUCUGUGUUUAAUAUAUGUGUAUGAAUUUUCUUAUAUUCCAAGCUUUAUAUGCCUAUUUUCAUGGACAUGGCUUUGAAUAAAUGCUUGUGUUUUCUGCAA